CUGGGAGUAGUCACCGACUCCGUACCGCACCGCACCGCGUCACUCAGUCGGUGGAUGGACGCCAGUGAGGGAGGGUGUGCUGCAUGCGCGCACAAAGGAUAUUUCACGCACGUCGCCCCUGGCUGGUCACAAACUUUUUAGGCUUUACGUUAGUGGAUGUCGGGAAGCAUCAGCCAGUGGCCUUGGAGAGCUCGCCUUAUGGAUAGGAGUGAGUGAGAGUGACAGGGAGCUACACCCCACACACCGCGCCGCACACCACAAAGCAUUUAAGAAUCGUGACUGAGAGUUGACAGACGAUGGUGCAGCAGGCGGCCACUUGGUGGAGGCGAGAGGCUGCUGCUGCUGCUGCUGUUGAUGUUUCUGCUGCUGCUGCUGCUGGUCAACCAUGUGACUGAUGGUCCACAAAGUUGAAAGUGACAGCACCGUGCUUGUAACUUCGGGAUGAGGGUCACGUUCAAGUCGCUGGUGUUGUUGGCGGCGACUGCCAGCUUCUGUAUGGUGAUCUUCAACAUUUCCACUCACCGCCCUACGCAGCAACUCCACUCCCGCACCGCCCACAUCACCUUCAGAGACCUGCCGGCUUACAGGCACUCCCUAGACACUGAGGGCGUCCUCCCACAACCUAUAGACAUCCCUGGCGUCCUGAGCACAUCGCCACGUGUCCUUCUCAAUGCAUCAGGAGUUGUGGCUGCUCCGUGUGGGUACGACUGCCACCCACCAAGAAACAAGUCGGCAGAGACACCAACCCGCUUUAACAAUGCCGGAGUUCCUCAGCAGCAGCAGCAGAACUCUGACACAGAACAGCUGUGCAAUCGUACAUGUAGACUGAACAGACUGAGCAAGAAAGGUCUCAUCAGGCAUAAUAUGUACAUCUCCAGGGUGCAGGUGGAGAAUGUGACACUGCCGGGGUCAUGGACUGUGACAAGUGAGCUGGUGGGCCGUCUUUCACAGCGAAAGAGACACGUGGAGGAGACCUGCAGGCGUUAUGGGCUGGACAAAGCCAACAGGACCUACCAGCCCAAUGCUUGGGAAUUCCUUAUCAAUGAGGAGCACAAUUUGACAUGGUGCAAUGUAUUCAAAGCAGCGUCAUCCACAUGGUUUUACAACUUUAACCUCUUGGCAGGCUUCUCAGAAUUUGAGCUCCUCCACACCAAGGAGUCACCUGUCACUCUGGCUCGAAAACGUUACAAAAGACCCAGUGUAGAGGAACUGAACAGAAUCAUGAACAGCACUCAGCGUCCACUCUUCUUCAUGAUUGUGCGGCAUCCCUUUGAGCGCCUCGUCUCAGGAUACAGAGACAAGAUCCUGUCAGGAAACAGAUACUACAGUAAGCUAUCAAGAGCUGUGGCCAAGGCCUACCAAAACCUUGCACCGGGUGUGAAGGACAGAGAGUGGAAAUGGCCCAAGGCUGGCAGACCCUCUGGGUCGAAGGUUAUAGCCACGUUCCCUCAAUUUGUACAGUUCCUUCUGGAUGAGACAUCCAAAGGCAACAAGUUGGAUGAGCACUGGACUCCGAUGAGCACCUUCUGCACCCCAUGUCUGGUGCCAUUUGAUGUGUUUGCCAAGGUUGAAACACUCCAGGAAGAUGGAAACUACAUCAUAUUUUCAUCUGGCAUCAAGGAUAUCAUCAAGCCUAAAAUGAUCAACCGUGCUCGUGAUGGCCCUACCAAAGAGGUGGCAAGCAAGUUCUUGUGUCAGCUUACCAAAGAACAGAUGGAUGGACUUAUAGAAAUGUACAAGUUGGACUUGGAACUGUUCCAGUAUGAUGUAUCAAAAUAUCAAAAAUGUGUAAGGGAGUCUGACAAAACUAAUCCCUCUUCACAGGGUGCCUAGUGUUCCCACACAACUAUAACUGUGCUGUGAUCUCCUCAGCCUUAGGCAACAAUGGUGGCAAUGUGGCAGGACUGCCUCCAUGUAGCCCAACUGUGAUGGACUUAAAGAAUUCAAACUUUAUUUCUUGCUACCCCGUAAUUCAGCCAGAUCUUGUCUGGUUGACACAAAUGUGCCACAUUGUUUCCUGAGAAGUGCCUCUCCAAACCACAUUUUUUAGUGUGUGUGUGUGAGCGUGCAUUCUUGAAUGUGUAUGUGCAUGUGUGCUUGAAUGCGUGUGUGCUUGUGUGCCUGAAUGCAUAUGUGUAUAGGUGCGUCAGUGUUGGCAUAGGCAAGUCAUUGAUGUAGUCAUCUAUAUCAUCAGAUAUACAGACAUAGACAAGUCAACUGCAUUAUAUACUAUAGGCACACACACACACACACACACACACACACACACACACACACACACACACACACACA